UCAUCCUGUUUGACCAAUGAAACCAUGGGGGCUCAGUUCUGUUCCCCCGGUGAUGAAGCUGUGCUACAGCUGGUUGCAUCCAGCGACAUUGAUGGCUUGGCUAAGCUGAACCUCAAGAGUUCUGGUACCUACAAUGCGAGCUUACCAGUUGCUCAAGUCGAUCUGGAUGCAAGGAACUUUCAGCCCAUGUCAGCAUUCAACGAGCACUUUGAAGCUCAAGAGCCGACGCUGCAGGACCCCUUCGCUCUCCUUGUGAGACAUAGCAGUGGCUCUGUACAGCGGCUACAAAAGUGUCGAAAGCCUGUUGGCAAAGACUGCCAAGAUAUGCUCAGGGCGCACGUAGCGCGUCUUCAAGCCCAAAGCAGUGAAGGAAUAGCCAGGAUUGUGGAAGUUUAUGAAGACUCCAGAUCGAUUUCAUUGGUCCUGGAGCACUGCAAUGGUGGCACACUGCAGGAUCGAAUCUUGCAGCGGCACUUCUUUGCAGAGCAGGAGUCCGCCAUGCUGGUCAGACACAUGCUUGAGACGGUGCAAGCGCUGCACCGCGUGGGACUGUACCAUGGCCACCUGACCCCGGAUUGCUUCAGGUUUCACAGUGAUCAAGCGCAUGCUCCACUGAAGCUGGUGGAUUUUGGGCUGGAGCUCAAGGCGUGCCUAUGCGAACGGUCUCCAGAUUCUGGUCAUGAGCAAAUUCUGGCCCCAAGCAAGGCGACUGCUCGUGACUGGCCGCGCAGCAGCAGCCCCCACUUGUUUGAGGCGUGUAAAGUGGUCUUCUGCGCGCCCGAAGUCUUCCAGCACAUGAAGGCUGAGACAGAAGGAGCCCCUGCAGACUUCACAUCUUCCUGGAUCCAAAGUGGAACGGAAAAGGACAUGCUAGAUCUUCAGUUGCUUUCACAGGCGAUUGAUGUGCACUUGGAGCAGAAUCAGGAUCUUGGGAUGGACUUCUUGAUCCAAGCAGAUAUUUGGAGUGUCGGAGCGAUAGCAUUUCUUCUCCUUUGUGGGUAUCCACCUUUCUUCGCACCAUGUCGCUCUGCCAUCAUUUCGCGUGUGGAGAAGAUCGAGUUUUCCUUCGAUCCGCCCUUCUGGUCCAAGAUCUCAGAAGAGGCCAAGGAUUUUGUUCAAAGAUGCUUGCGCGGAGCUCCAAGCCAGCGGCUGAAUGUAGAGGAGGCUUUACAGCAUCCUUGGAUCCAUAAGUUGGCUGACACAGCACCUUCGGGACCGAUGCUGCCAUCCUUCGCUCUGAACCUUCGCCGCUUUUACAGGACAUCAAUCAUUGAGGUGCUGGUGGCAAGGAGCUUGGCCAAACAUUUGAGCUACAAAGCCUCUUUGGAGCUCCAGCUUGAGUGCGAACAAGCAGACAAGAUGAAGUGCGGCUUUCUCACCUCAGCUGAUUUGCGCCAGGUGUUGCAAGCAUCUGGCCACUCUGACAUUGUAGAAGCUAUUGGAUCGUGCUUUGCACGGCACUUGAAACACGCAGGGGAGUCGUACCUUGACUACAAUGCCUUGUUUGACUCUGUGCGGCUUCGUCGGGAAGCUCUGUUGGAGGAGGAAAUAUGGCAAGCAUUUGUGAAGCAUGCCACUGAUCAAGAAAUUUCAACUGAUCGGGAAUUCCACCGAUCUGACCUGGAGACAUUUUUCGAGGCCUUUGACCUCAGCAAAGUCUGUGGUCGCGAAGGGGCGCAGGAUGGGAUCCGUAGCUUAUGGGAAGGAGGUGUCAAGUACAAGGAGUGGCGUGAGAUCUUCCAGAGCACCGAGGAAACCUCAUCCACAUAUCCGCACCAUGUGUCUGUUGUGUGGAAGGACUUCGGUUCAUUCAUGAAGGAGUUGCUCCAGCAGCUGCGGUCUUCAGUGAAUCAGUCACUGGCAAAUGCACCGAACAAAGAAUAGCUUUGGGAAGUGCUUUGUACAAAGUACCAAGAUGGUUUGUUAGCUCUUACGAUUGCCAAUGUUGCUCAAAUUCUGCAUCAAAAAGCC